AUGUCAUCCUACAGAGCAACGAGGACGGCCCUCCGCGCUGUCGCGCGCACAUCGAGGCUCGCCACCUCCAGACCCUCACAAUCGCGAUCCUUCGCCAGCGUACACACCGGCUUCCUCCAAAACAACCAAACAUCACAACGCCGCCCGACGGCAACAACAAGUCGACACCAACAAUCCCUCCAGCUACAAUCCCCCUUUGCCGCCCGCACCGGCGCCGUCCGCACAAUCUUCAUCCAGACCGAAAACACGCCCAACCCAGACGCCGUAAAGUUCCUCCCGAACCACCGCAUCCUCCCCGACACCCUCUCCACCCCCUUCAUCGAGUACCUCAACCCGCGCUCCACCAUCGCGCCGCCCUACCCGUCCCCGCUCGCCGCCCAGCUCAUGAACAUUGACGGCGUCACCUCGGUCUUCUACGGCGCCGACUUCAUCACCGUCAACAAAUCCCCCGACGCGAACUGGGCACACAUCCGCCCGGAGAUCUUCGCCCUCAUCACCGAGGCUAUCACCUCGGGCCAGACCAUCGUCACCGUCUCGGCAGACAAGGAAGGCGGUGUCGGUGCGGCCGCCGACGGCGCCCCCGAGGAGCCCGAUAGUUUGGCGUACGAUGAGAACGACAGCGAGGUUGUCGGCAUGAUCAAGGAGCUUCUCGAGACGAGGAUACGGCCUGCUAUCCAGGAGGACGGCGGCGAUAUCGAGUUCCGCGGGUUCACGGACGAGGGUACCGUGCUGCUGAAGCUUCGCGGUGCGUGCCGGACGUGCGAUUCUAGCACCGUGACGUUGAAGAAUGGUAUUGAGAGCAUGCUGAUGCAUUAUAUUGAGGAGGUCAAGUCCGUCGAGCAGAUCCUCGACCAGGAGGAGGAGAUUGCCAUCCAAGAAUUUGCAAAGUUUGAGGAGAAGCUCAAGUCCCAAAAGGGACCCGAGGCGACCGCGGCAUAA